AGGUAUGCCAGCUGUGGUUGGGUUUGGCUGUUGAAAAGGAGCACCCUGUUUUGGUUUCGGUUUCGGUUUCUCGGUCUCUGUUGAGGUUUUAUCAAUUCAAUGAAAAAGACAAGCGAACCACACUUAAGAAGUGCUACCCCUGAAUCGUAUAUAAUCAGUUAACUGCCGGCAUUUGAGCACGCCAGUUAGAGGAUCGCUACGGUUGGCUCAAAUCAAAUCAAAUUAUUCUCGUUCUCGUACCCGUUCACGUUCUCGUCAUUCGGACACGCAUUCUCUCGGAGAUAAACCCCCACCAAAAACUACCCAAAACGAGAUCGACAUGUCGCUGCAACGCGUUCAUCAGCUGCUCCUGUAUUCGAUCUGUCUGCUCGCGGUGAUUGUGGUUUGUGCACCGGCGGGUAGCGAGUCGCGUCGUGUCAUCUUUAUGGCCCCCAAUGGCAUCCAUCGCGGACAGAUCUUGGCCACGCAUGGCAUGGAGAAGCCAUGCCCCCAGUGUCACAUGCACGAUCAUCGCGGCAAUUGUCGUCGCAUCAUUUCGUACAAUGCAGAUGGCGUGCGCUGCUGAGAAGGGAAUGAGCCAGUGAAAGCGCCCAAAAUUGAAAGCAAAACCAAAACCAAACCAAUGCAUCGCAACGAAUCUCCACCUCUCUCAAACCAACAGCAUUAUUCGUGCUCUAUUUAUUUAUGUUAUUUAUCAGCCUCGCACACGCUCUAGAAUACUACACAUACUACUUACCCAUAAAAAUACCUACGAGUAAUACCAAAUAAAAUACAAAAACAAAA